AAUGAGGAAAAUAUCGAAAUAUUCUUGAAGGUUCUAUUUCGUCCACUAGCACGACAACACGUGUCCAUUUCAGAAUCAUCCAAUAGUAUGAGCCUCUCGUUUCAUUCAACCCCAAUAUUUUUCCCAGUUCCGCCCUGAAAACGAGAACCCAGAAAAUAUCCAGUUCUUCGGAUUACCAAAUUGAGCAGACAUUUAGAAAGCUCGCAGUUUCCAAAUUCUUUCAUAUUCAGCUCAAAUUAGUAUUGUGUUUGCCUCAAUUUUCCCAAAUCAACAUGUCCAUGGCUGCAAUUGACAGUAGCUUCUUCUCCAACCUUAAUCCACUCACCUCAACUUUCAAACCCACCAGAAAAUCCAGCUUCUUUCCAGCUAGUAAACUCGUUAUUUCAUCAUCCCGGAACAACCCAGAUGACCAGAAAGAAGAUUUAUCCACCUCCAGUUCUGGGAAGAAGAAUGAAAACCAGCUGGCUAAGUUGGCGGUUGUGACAUUGGCAGCAGGGGUGCUUGCGAUGGGGUCAGUUAAUGGUAUUGAACCUGCAUUUGCAGCAAAAUCAGGUGGUCGUAUUGGUGGUCAGGCUUUCAAAUCAGCUCCUCGUGCUUCCUCUCCAAGGAUCAACAAUAAUUCCAGGACCAAUAUUUAUGUGAAUCCACCUGUUGCUCCACCUCUAAUUGGUGGGUAUGGAUAUGGUGGAUACAGUGUUCCAUUUUACGGUGGUUGGGGUUGGUCGCCAUUCUCAUUCUUCGCGCCAGGCCCUAGUGUUGCAGUCGGCGUUGGUGGUGGUUUCGAGUUCUUCUUCCUGUUGCUGGUUUUGGGGGCUGUUUCCACGGCCAUUAGGAGGUUCUUUUCAUCACGGGAAGACGAUAUGGAUGAUUAUUAGUGCAUCUUCCACCUCCGGGAAUUGUACUUUGUACUUCAAAUCUGAGACUUAUAGUAAUACAGGCAAAUCAUGUAAUAUAUGCAAAUAGAGAAUUUUUUGGUCAGUGAAAAAUGAUUACUUUACUGGUAAUUUGAGUAGCUAACUUCGUUGCAAGAUUGUUUAGGAAAUCUAUUGAUGACAAAACUCAUUAUUACUGAUUGUAAGAUCUACAAAUGGGAGAAAUACUGAGAUCCCAUAUCUGUAACCAAACCAAUAUUUACUUGCAAAGAUGAGAAGGACAAUGAGAAAAUAUAUAUAUAUAUAUAUAUAUAUAUA